AUGAUCCCACUACCUAAUCAAGAUUCAAGAAUUCGAAUUGCUAUGAUCAUAGAAGAAUCAUUUAUCAAACCUAAAAUAAAGUAUGAAUAACUAAAAUUUGUCUACUAUCAAUUUGAAUAUCCUCAAAAGUUACAAUUCUUCAUAGUAUAUUAGAAAAUAAGAUUGUAUUAUCCUAUAAGUUUAAUAAUGAUAUAGUACAAUGUAUCCAAGAAUUAAAUGAAACUAUUUUUAAGAAAUACUAAUACAAGAUGUUUAAGAUUGAAAAUUAUUGAUCAGGAAUUCAAAAAUAGCACAUAAUAGUAAUAUAUAAAAGAAAAGAUAAUAAUUCCUAAAGCUAAGAUCAAAAUAUAUAAAUUAUUAAAGAACUCAGAUGCUUGCAUUAAUUACACCAAGUAAUUUUAAUGUCCAAUUCUAAACAAUUUGAUAAACAUAUUAGAAUUAUUUUGA